AUGAAGCCGGCAGCUGUGACGCGCUACUGGGGCGCGGUGAACAUACCUGUCGGCGAGACUAAAAGACUAUGUCGGCCCUACUAUGCGCCCUUCGUUGCCCGCGCGACCGCCGAUAAGGAUGCCGGCUCAUCAAGCUUUACAGUCUCCAACCCGGCAACUGGUGAAGGACUUUCUACGGUGUCUACGCCAACCUCGGAGGAAGUCAACACGACCGUAGAGGAUGCGCACGCCGUCUUCACCUCUGGCGUAUGGUCAUCUCAACCGGCGCAUGCACGCGCAGUAGCUUUAUCCAGACUAUCUCGGGCACUGGCUGAGCGUGUGGCGGAGUUCGCACAACUCGAGACCUUACAGACUGGACGCGCCAUCCGCGAGAUGAAGGCGCAGCUGGGACGUUUGCCCGAAUGGCUAGAGUACUAUGCAUCGUUGCUCAGAACACGAGCGGACUAUGUCGCGCCGACGCAGGGCGCGUUACUGAACUAUGUUCAGCGCGUGCCGUUGGGCGUUGUUGCCCAGAUUACGCCUUUCAAUCACCCACUGCUCAUCGCGAUGAAGAAGAUUGCUCCUGCUCUUGCGGCAGGUAACAGUGUCAUUGUCAAGCCAUCUGAGCACGCACCAAUCUCAGUGCUAGAAUUUGCGGAAAUGACUGUUGAUGCUGGAUUGCCACGAGGAGUGCUAUCCGUCUUGCCAGGUGGCGCGGACGUCGCGCGUCAACUUGCCGGUCACCCCCUCGUUCGCAAAGUCGACAUCACAGGAGGUACCGCGGCAGGCCGUUCUCUGGGUAGCAUCGUAGGGGAAAACCUUGCUUCAUACACUGCCGAGCUUGGUGGAAAAGCGCCCAUCGUAAUCCUCGAAGACGCCGACCUCGACGCAGCGGUGAACGGCGCCGCAUUCGCUGCAUUCGUCGCCUCGGGUCAGACUUGCGUAUCCGGCACACGGCUGAUCAUCCAGGCAGGGAUCUAUGAUGCGUUCAUGGAAAGGUUCCUUGCCAAGGUCGCCAGCAUCACAAAGCGUAUGGGUAGCCCUAAUAACCCUGCAUCAACAAUGGGCUCAGUCAUUGGCGCUCCCCAGCUCGCGCGCAUGCACGAUAUGGUUAAAGGCCGAGGCUCGGGCAGGAUCCUCGCCGGCGGUGAACCGCUCACCGGCAAAUCAUCCCUGGACGGCUUCGAUUUCUCGCGCGGUAGCUUCUACCCACCCACCGUCAUCGGUGACAUCGAGACUUCAGACGAGUUAUGGCGCGAGGAGGUGUUCGGACCCGUAGUCGUGACGCGGCGAUUUGAGACUGAGGAUGAGGGCGUCGCGCUCGCGAACGACUGCCGAUAUGGGCUCGGUGCUGGUCUCUGGACUCGCGAUCUUUCGCGGGCGCAUCGGCUUGCAGCGCGCAUACAGGCGGGCCUCGUCUGGGUGAACACCCAUCACCGAAAUGAUCCGAGCUCGCCUUGGGGUGGGAUGAAGGAGAGUGGGAUAGGACGUGAGAACGGCCAGGAGGCCUUCGCUGCUUACACGCAGAGCAAGUCGACUAUCGUCAGUGUAGCGGCGCCGGAGCAAAUGGUGGGUGAGGAUUGGUUCGCGGAGAGCGCUGCUGGGAAACGAUAUGGUUGA